AUGAGUUUCACGGACUCGACGGCAGUGGCGCUGCUCACACCCAACCUGUUCAAGAGGGACUUCAAGUCCAAGAGCCAGUACGAAGCUGGGCUGGCGAUCAGCACGCUGAGUAGCAUCUGCACCGCCGAGGUAGCGCGCGACCUGAUCACAGACCUCCAGUCCAUGCUCACCUCGUCCCGAGCCUACCUGCGCAAGAAGACGGUGCUGUGCAUGUACCGCGUCUUCCUGAAGGAUCCGCCGGCGCUCCGCACCUGCUUCCCGAAGUUGAAGGAACGCCUGGGCGAUGAGGACCAGGGCGUCCUCACCGCAACAGUGAACACGUUCCUGGAGCUGGCGCGCAAGAACGCCAGGAACUACCUGUCGCUCGUGCCGCAGCUCUACCACAUCCUCGUGAACACUGCGAACAACUGGCUCACGAUCAAGCUCCUCAAGCUCUUCCAGUUGCUGUGCCCCCUGGAGCCCCGCCUGCCGUCCAAGAUGGUGGAGCCCCUGACGAACCUGCUGAACACUACCAAGGCGCAGAGCGUUGAGUUCGAGGUCAUCCGCACUGCCAUCAGGGGCACGUCCGAGGAGCCCACCCUCACCUCGCAGGCCAUCGAGAAGCUGCAAGCUCUCCUGAACUCCUCCGACCGCAAUCUGAGAUUCAUUGCCCUGGAGAUGUUCAAGGAGAUGCUGGACAAGCCGCACCUGAAGGAGAAGUGCUCGCUGCCAGUAGUGCAUGAGAAGGUGCUCAUCUGCAUCGCGGAGUCCGACACCACUGCCAGAAAGGUUGCGCUGCUCCUGCUGGACCGCAUUGUAACCCCCGAGUCUUUCGUCGAUACGGUCAAGAAGCUGAUGGAGUUCAGUAAGAACACGGCAGCGCCAACGGACGAGUUUGUCGGCACCAUACUCAGGAUGGGCGGCCGAGACCGCUACGCGCUCGUGGAGGACUUCGCAUGGUACCUCCUGGUGCUGGCCGACAUCAGCAGAAGCUUGGACUCGGCCCAUUCCAGCCAGACUUGCCUGCAGGUGGCCGAGCAGUUCACGGACAUCGCGGCACGUGUGCCUCAGGUUCGCCCCUACGCCACCACCCUCGCCCUGGGGCUGGUAGACCGCACCACCCCCGCUGACCAGACCCCGCCUGGCGGCGACGCGGAGCAGGGCGCGGCUAAGGAUGCCGGCGCCCUGGACGUGGCGGUCCCGAUGAUUGGCGCUUGCGCCUGGACACUGGGCGAGUAUUUCGAUGCCUUCGAGGGGCCACUGGAGGCCACGUUUCUGCGGGCCGCCCGCGCACUGCUUGUGCCAAAGGCGAUACAGGCGCUGGAGCCCACCAUCCAGUCGCAGUGUGUCUGGGCCACCGCGAAGCUCUACAUGGGCUCCGCCACCGUCGCCCCAGGCGCCUGUGCGGAGCUCCACGAGCUGCUGGUCGCGCACCUGCCCGCCUUCAUAAAGUCCACGCACGUGGACGUUUCCGAGCGGGCUACGCUGGCGAUGAAUCUUGCCUCGUUCUUCAAGGCGGACGUGGGCAAGAUGGCGGCGGGCGUCGUGCUGUUCCAGGAACCGCUGCUGCCCGUGUCCGCGGGGGCGCAGCAGGCGGUGCCCGCCCGCGAGGAGCUGCUCUUGGACGAGCCCUUUUUUGCCCCCGAGGAGGCCCCGCACAGCACCUUUGCGCCCGUCAAGGCCGACCCGACAGAUCCCUAUGCACUGGCAGCAACCUACAAGGACGACCUCGGGUUCAUGGCCGCACAGGAAGCGAAGCAGUCCGCCGUCAGCCCCUCCCAGUCGGAACAGAAAUCCUCCCUGUUCUACCUGGGUGCGGGGCGCUCCCCGCUGUCCGAGCAGGGCGGCGCGGCUGCCGGCGACGGCGCCGCCGCCGAGGACGCCGCCAAGGUCGCCGCGCCAGCUGCGGCCACCGACCCGCUGGAGCAGAUGCGGGAGCGCUUGGCGGCGAGCCGCGCCGGCGGCGCCACCGCCAAGUACGAGGUGUACCGAGAGGACAUCAAGGCGCCGUCAGCGCCCUCUGGCGGCCCCGCCGCGCAGAAGGCGCCUCCGCCCGCGGCUGGCGCUGCCACGGGCCUGCCGGUGCCGCCCGAGAAGGAGCUCGGCGAGCUCCAGGGCCGGCUUUGGUCGCAGUGCUUCCGGGACGGACACGUGGCCGUCUACUUCUGCGUCAGGCAGAAGAGUUUCAAGAAGCAGCAGCUGCGCGUCGAGAUGCGCUGCGAGAGGGUGGGCUCUGUGCCUGGCUCGGCCGUGUCGGCCGUGACAGUGGCGCUGCCCAGCGGACUUUCAGCGCAGGAGGCUGACGGCGCAGGCGUAGUGGUCCUCGUGCCAGGCGAGCUCGUGGAGAGGUCCGCGAAGGUCAAGCUGAACUUGGGCUUGGCGCCGUUCCUGGCGCCAGCUGCGUGCCCUUUGCAGCUGCAGCUACAGUACAUGCUGGCCGCCGACGGUUCCGCCGCCAGCACCGAGACUGGGAGCCUGGAGUUGCCCCUCCCAGCCACCACAUUCCUGGAGCCUGCGGCCAUGACCGAGGAUGCCGUAGCAGAGUAUAUCGGGCAGCACGCAGCGACGAUGCUGAGCCAGCAGGCCGCACAGGCAGUGAACCUGAACGCGCCGGGCAAGAGCGCCGAGGCCCUUGCUGACGAGCUGCCUGGGCUGGUCGGCACGGCCGCGGGGCUGUGCCACUUCCACGGGAUCCGAGGCGCGGCCAGCGGGGCCUCGAAGGGUCAGAAGUUCUUGCUUGUGGCCAACCCGCCGGCGCAGCAGGCACAGUCGCCGCUCCAGGGCCAGGUCGCCCUGCCUGCGGGUGCACGGGUCGUGUGCAUGUGCGCCGCGUUGGGGAAGGAGGGCUUGCUGGAGCUCAAGGUGACCGUGAAGUCGUGCCGCAAGGACGUCUGCGACGACAUCUGCAGCCAGCUGCUAAGCAUUUUCCGGGAGCUGGUCGAGGGGCGCCUGAAGCCGGCGUAG